AGUGUGCCGCGCACGCCGUCGUUGGGAUUUCGCUGCAGCCGCCGCCGCCGCCCUCGCGCGAGUUUGCCACUACGCCGAUAUCGUUUUUUAAUAUAUAUAUAUAUACGAUUAUUAUUAUUUUAAAUGCAUUGAUUUUUUCGUAUAACGAAAAACACGUUACAAAUCCGUCAACAAUAAUAAUUACACUCAUUGAAAAAUAACAUACGGUAAUGUAAUUUCCCGCGCGUUUUCGACGCGUCACACAGCGUUUGACGUCAAGAUCAGUCGUUUCUCAAUGCGAUCGUUGAUCAAACAUUUGAAAUGGAAAUGCUGGUUGUCAAUGCAUUCUGGAUCUUGAUUGUUUUUUGUCAAAACAUCAAUACCGAUGGAGCCCUUGCUCAGUCUCAAUCGUCUAAAGAUGCUGACCAAAUUGCCAACUCUGUCAGCCAAGGUGACCACGAACAUUCAAUGCCCAGAUUUGCCGAGCCUAUACCCAACGUGACGGUUAGCGUGGGGCGGGAUGCUCUGUUGGCGUGUGUCGUCGACAAUCUUCGCGGGUAUAAGGUGGCAUGGGUUCGAGUGGACACACAGACUAUUUUGUCUAUUCACCACAAUGUGAUUACCCAAAAUCUCAGAGUGACUCUGUCGUACAACGAUCACCGGUCGUGGUACCUGCACAUCAGGGACGUGCACGAGGAAGACCGGGGCUGGUACAUGUGUCAGGUGAACACGGACCCGAUGCGAAGCCGACAGGGAUAUUUGCAAGUAGUCGUUCCGCCGAGCAUUGUGGACAAGGAGACCAGCACGGACAUGGUCGUGCGAGAAGCGAGUAAUGCCACUUUAAUAUGCAAAGCGUCCGGAUACCCCGAACCGUAUGUGAUGUGGCGCCGAGAGGACGGGGACGAUAUUAAUUACAACGGAGACACAGUUAAUUUUGUCGAUGGCGAAGUUUUGCACAUAACGAGGGUAAGUCGGUUGCACAUGGGAGCGUACUUGUGUAUAGCUUCCAACGGUGUACCUCCGUCCAUUAGCAAGAGAGUCACGCUCAAAGUCCAAUUCCCGCCCAUGUUGACCAUAUCGAAUCAAUUGGUGGGCGGUUACAUUGGCCAGGACAUCAAGUUGGAGUGUCAUACUGAAGCAUUCCCCACGUCCAUUAACUUUUGGACAACCGAAAAGGGCGACAUGAUUGUUUCGGAUAUGACGGUUUCAGGGGAAAAAUACGAGGCUGUGUCCACAGACAACGGUUACAACAAGUAUAUGGUAUUGAAAAUUAGAAAAUUGUCACCGCAGGACUUUGGGUCGUACAAGUGUGUGGCCAAGAAUUCUCUGGGCGAGACCGACGGAUUCAUCAAGUUAGACCAAAUUCCAAUACCCUCCAGACCUAUGAUAAUCGUCGAAGAAUUUGACAGCAGCAACGAACUUGACAAAGAUUCGUCCAUUGAAAACACCUCGUCCGAUUUGGUAUUGAACUCCUUACCGACAGACAACAGCUCACUUAAUUCGGCUUAUUCCCUGAUGUGUACGUCGAGUACUUGGAUGGUGUCGGCCGGUUGCGUUUCCUUAGCCAUGGCCGUCGUUCUAAGAUGAUCGACAGUCGAUUAACCCGAAUAUCUUCUAUUAUUAUACUAUUACUAUUAAUAUUAUCAUUAUAUUAUAUUAUUGUCUUGUAUAGUGUCGCACAGUAGUAGAAAACGCCAAGAAUUUUGUUGUCAUUGGCCGGCGAAGUAAACUAAGUAGUAUUUUUUUUCUACGCCUAAUUUUCGGUACCUACUAUUUUUAGCUUAGUGUUUUCAUUUGGAUUUUUGUAUAGGUAAUUGUUGUGUUUUGUUGCUUCCGAGAAUAUUUUUUUUUAAAACAAAAAAUAUUAUAUUAUAUCAUUGAAUUACCUAUUAUUAUAAUUAUUAUUAUAACUAUUAUUAUGAUAUCAGUUACUAGAACAUUGGAUUGUAUAACAGUGGCACUUUGUAUAUCUUUUAUAGUAGCCCAGAGGCUAUUCAAUCGUGUAUAUAAGUAAAAAUUACUAUUGUUUAAUCAAAAUAAAUAAAUAUGAAAUUUCAG